GGAGCAGAACCAAGCAGUCCUCAGAUGGACCUGCAGCUGCAGCAGAGCAACCACAGCAGCUGCUCUGUGAACCGGGUCUGUGUUCCUCAGCCGGACUUUCUGACAGAUUCUUUUGGACCUCUGUGGACCUUUUGGACCGACCCAGCUGUGAGUGGACCUGUUUAGGUUCUGUUGGGUUCUGAAGUUCCUUCAGAAUCUUUGUGUUCUGCUGGAUUCUGGCUUUUGUUUCUUUUUUUUUUUUUGCUCUGAACUUUUUUCAUCCCGUUCGGACUUUGUUCUGGACGUGUUCUACAGAGUUCUGACCGUUUACUCUCACCCUCUACUUUGCAAAGUUCUGACCAAGUUCUGAAGUGUUUUUGCAAGAACCAUGCUGUUCUCCAGCAGCCUCCUGCAGCAGUGCUUCUUCGCCGUCUUCCUGCUCUGCUCUCCGGUUCCGUACGCGGGCCGACCCGUCGACACCAGCAGCAGAAUGCGCCGCUCCGUCAGCGAAACGCAGCUCAUGCACGACAAAGGCCGGAUGCUGCACGGAUUCCGUCGCAUCGUCUACCUGCAAGACCUUCUGGACGCCCUCCACACAGGCGACGCCUUGUCGGUCCGAAGCGCCGGGGUCGGAGGCAGCGGGCUGCCCGGACCCAGCCUCGGCGUCAACCCCAGCACCACGGGCAGCACCCUCCAGUCCAAACCCCCCGGAGGAACCAAGAACCUCCCCAUCACCUUCCAGGUGGAGGAGGAGGAGGGAACCAACCUGCCGCAGGAGACCAACAAGUCGCAGCCGUACAAAGACAGCACGCAGAAGCUCCCCGGAAAGAGGAAGAGGAAGGGCAAGUCUGGCAGGAGGAAGGAGGGGGAGAAGAGGAAGAGGACGGUGCGCUCCAUAUGGCGGAGGCUGGAGGAGGAAGCUGGGAGCGGACUCCACCUGGAGUGGAGGUCUCUGCUGGGCGUGCAGAGGGCGCUGCAGUGAGACGCCGUCAGACGCUGACGAAG